GCCGCCGGGUCUCCACCGCCCACCCCGAGCCGGGACCCCGCGACCCUCCCCCACCCCCCGAAGGGGACGAUGACUACAGCAACGAGCCCUACGCCACCGGCUACAUCGAGGUGCUCCCGGACCAGGCGGCGCCGGAUGGGACCCCCCGGGGGGGGGACAGCGAGUCCUCGGCGGCGCCGGGUGAGGAGUACGAGAACGUCCCCGAGGGAACCCGCAGCUCCUUGGGUGACAGCCUGGAGUACAUCAACGUCCCCCCGGCCGGUUCCAGCCCCCGUGACGCCAGCGAGAGCGAGGACUACGGCCCCGACUACGAGAACCUCUAGCCCAGGCCCCUCGACGCCAGGAUGGGGGGAGCCGGAGCUGCCCAACCCCCACCCCCCCCCCCCCACCCCGGGACCCCCCUUAAUUUAUUGUGUGUCCCCCCCCAAAAAACUCUGACGCAUCCUGAGAAGGGGCCGCUGCCCCACGGGACCCACAAAUCCCACGGGACCCACAGAUUCCCCCCCUCCCCCCCCCCCCAUGGGACCCAUAGAUCGCCCACGGGACCCAUAGAUCUCUUACGGGACCCAUAGAUCCCCCCAUGGGACCCAUAGAUUGGCCACAGGACCCACAAAUGCCACGAGACCCACAGAUUCCCCAUGGGACCCACAGAUCUCCCCCAGGGGACCCAUAGAUCGGCCACAGGACCCACAGAUUCUCCCCAUGGGACCCAUAGAUCACCCACGGGACCCAUAGAUUCUCCACAGGACCCACAGAUCACCCACAGGACCCAUAGAUCUCCCCAUGGGACCCACAGACACCACAAGACCCACAGAUUUCCCAUAGACCCACAGAUCCUCCCCCAGGGGACCCACAGAUCUCUCAUGGGACCCAUAGAUCUCCCCAUGGGACCCAUAGAUCGGCCACGGGACCCACAAGUGCCACGAGACCCACAGAUCUCCCCUGGGACCCACAGGUCCCCCACGGGACCCACUGAUUUCC